CCUCCGUGCCCUGUGCGUGUUGCUUGCAGCCCAGGACUGGCUUCGUCCUGCUCUGCUGUUCAGUCUGGCUCGUCUCCCUAGCCUUGGUGGGAGGCAGUGUCCGCCAGAAGUAUGCAACUAUGAGUAGGGACUGCUGCUGCAUCCCGCUACUCGCGGGGGAGGCGAGUCCGGUUUCCGUGGCCAGUCUGCGCUGGACUUGAGUGGGCGUAUCUGGCUGAGCGGUGGGGCACCUAGGACCCCUUUAGUGCAGAUAGCGUUAGAGGCUGGGCCGGGGUUAGAGAUCGGGCUGCCCCAGCCCACGUUCAGAGCAGGCCCUUGGCUCCCAGAGGACAGCUGGAAUGAAGCUGCUGCUAGAAUGAUCCCGAGUCCCUUCAUUUCUGCAUCUCAACGACCGAGAGCUCUGGAGGCAUAAGGACCCAUCCUCACUAGUAACUAUGAGCCUUUAGAACAACUCUCAGAAGAGCCUAGAAGCUGACAUAUUUUCUAUCUAGAUUUAGUACUGCUGGGCACAGUGGUGCACUCCCAUAAUCCCAGCCAUUCAGGAGGUCGAGGCAGGAGGAUCCCUAGUUUGAGACUACCCUGGACAGGACAGCCUCUGUCCUAAGGAGAGAAAGAAGGGUAUUUGCUUGUUACCUUAUCUUAUUUUACUUAGCAAAAAUCAACAUGUCAGGGUGGGAGUCUUACUAUAAAACCGAGGGCGAUGAAGAGGAAGAGGAGGAGGAGAACCCUGAUGCAGGUGGAGAAUAUAAAUACUCAGGAAGAGAUAGUUUGAUAUUUUUGGUGGAUGCCUCCAGGCCCAUGUUUGAAUCUCAGGGUGAAAAUGAAUUGACUCCUUUUGAUAUGAGCAUCCAGUGUAUCCAGAGUGUGUAUACAAACAAGAUCAUAAGCAGCGACCGAGAUCUCCUGGGAGUGGUGUUCUAUGGUACCAAGAAAGACAAAAAUUCAGUGAAUUUCAAAAAUAUUUACGUUUUACAAGAGCUGGAUAACCCAGGCGCUAAACGAGUGCUGGAGCUUGACCAGUUUAAGGGGCAGCAGGGACAAACACACUUCCAAGACCUGAUUGGCCACGGGUGUGACUACUCGCUGAGUGAAGUGCUGUGGGUCUGUGCCAACCUCUUCAGCGAUGUGCAGGUCAAGAUGAGUCAUAAGAGGAUCAUGCUCUUCACCAACGUCGACGAUCCCCAUAGCAGUGACAGUUCCAAGGCCAGCCGGGCCAGGACCAAGGCCAGCGACCUCCGUGACACUGGUAUCUUCCUUGACUUGAUGCACCUGAAGAAACAUGGGGGCUUUGAUGUGUCCUUGUUCUACAGAGAUAUCAUCAGCGUAGAAGAGGAUGUAGACCUGGGUGUUCACUCUGAGGAAUCAAGCAGGCUGGAAGACUUGUUGAGGAAGGUUCGAGCCAAGGAAACCCGGAAGCGCGUGCUCUCCAGGUUAAAAUUUAAGCUUGACAAAGAUACAGCACUCACUGUGGGCAUUUAUAAUCUGGUCCAGAAGGCCAGCAAGCCACCGCCAGUGAGGCUGUACCGGGAAACCAACGAAGCAGUGAAAACCAAGACUCGGACGUUCAACGUGAACACAGGCAGCUUGCUCUUGCCCAGCGACACCAAGCGGUGUCAGAUCUACGGGGAUCGGAAGAUUGUGCUAGAGAAAGAGGAAACGGAGCAGCUGAAGCGGUUUGAUGAGCCAGGUUUGAUUCUCAUCGGCUUCAAGCCCUUGGCCCUGCUGAAGAAGCACCAUUACCUGAGGCCCUCCCUGUUCGUGUACCCCGAGGAGUCCCUGGUGAAUGGGAGCUCAACCUUGUUCAGUGCCCUGCUCAUCAAAUGUCUGGAGAAGGAGGUCAUAGCCCUGUGCAGAUACACGGCCCGAAAGAGCACUCCCCCUUAUUUUGUGGCUUUGGUGCCACAGGAAGAGGAGCUGGAUGACCAGAAAAUUCAGGUGGCUCCUCCAGGCUUCCAGCUUGUCUUCCUACCCUAUGCCGAUGAUAAACGAAAUGUGCCUGUCACUGAAAAGGUCAUGGCCAACCCAGAGCAGAUAGACAAGAUGAAAGCCAUUGUUCAGAAGCUGCGCUUCAAAUACAGAAGUGACAGCUUUGAGAACCCCGUGCUGCAGCAGCACUUCAGGAACCUGGAGGCCUUAGCCUUGGAUUUGAUGGAGCCUGAGCAAGCAGUAGAUCUGACCUUGCCCAAGGUUGAAGCAAUGAAUAAAAGACUGGGCUCCCUGGUAGAUGAAUUUAAGGACCUUGUUUACCCACCAGACUACAAUCCUGAGGCGAAAGCCACUAAGCGAAAGCAAGAUGGUGAAGGUUCUGGGAGCAAAAGGCCAAAUGUGGAGUUGUCUAAAGAGGAGCUGAAGGCCCAUGCCACCAAGGGCACGCUGGGCAAGCUCACCGUGCCCUUGCUGAAGGAGGUCUGCAGGUUGUAUGGGCUGAAAGUUGGGCUAAAGAAACAGGAGCUGCUGGAUGUGCUCACCCAGCACUUGCUGAAGGACUGAGUGCAGCGCACAGCUAGCUGCCUUCAGCUUUCCGCCUUCCUGACCAGGAUGAGCUGCCUGCCUCCAUUCCUUUCACCAACUUAGCAGCUGUUUCUGCAGAGUUGCCAGGUGCUGUUGGGAGCCAAGGACAUGAGGUUUGUGGAACCUCUUGUUACCAUGGAGACCACACAGCUCUCCCCUUAUGCUGUGCCUUAUCUACUUCAUGAAUAAAGGCCUAACUUCAUACU